AUUUCUCUGUGACAAAGGACGUCCAAAAUUUUCAGGCGACAUUCUCAGUUUCUCAGAGUUAACUUUUCAGGUAAUAACAAAUGGACUUUGUUAGCGAAAUAGGAGAACUCCGGGGUAACCAGGGUAUGGAAGGGGAAGAGAACGUGAUAGCCGUAGAGCCCAUUACCAUGAUUGUACCACUAGAAUUGCAAGACGUGCCAGAAACCCCUACGCCGGAGAGCAGUGCCAGUUCAGGCGCGCACGAGGGUUCCGGUGCUAACCCCUCUCCGUCAUCUGAAGGGUCGUCAUCAGAAAACACUACCAGUGCAAGUGGUAGGUUGAGCAACCUUCGCAAAGCGCCAAAUACGCUGACGGCUGGAUUUCAGUUUAGGGCGAACCUGCAUCAUGAGGUAGCAGAUUGCCCUACCUCCAUUAAAGGAUAUAAGAGGCUGGAGGAAGUGGUGAGACAAUACCACGUUCCUAGGACAGUUUUGUUACGAACGGGGACCAAAAAUGAGAGGGCUUGCAGUGUGUCAGCAACAGGGUGGAUACCUGUAUAUGUGGACCAUUUCGACGCCGGCCUGAGAUUCCCAUUAUCCAGGCUGAUUUUUGAUAUUCUGUCAGAGUACGAGCUGGAGCUCACACAGUUAACUCCCAACAGUAUAAAAUUUAUCGUAGGGUUUAUGCUGCUGUGUGCAAGGUUGGAGAUACCUGCGAAGGCAAUUGUUUUCAGGUCGCUAUUUUUGUGCCGGCUGAGUACUGCGCUGUCGAGGUGGUACUACAUUUCUGGGCGAGAGAAAAUGGCGAUCUUUAAGAACAUACGGAAUAAGGUGUCUCGUUGGAAGAGACAAUUUAUCUUUGUCCGGGAUACGCGAGCAGAGAGGGUUAGCACCGAUCUGGCAGCUCGUCUCUCUGAGUGGCGCCCAGGACAUGCGUACAUGAACUACCCCACACUAGCCCCGAGUGACCUGGAGCUUAGGGAUAGGAUCACUAAUUAUGUGAAGGGAGGGGGGUUAGUUGAUUUGGAAGCCCUGGUUACCCCUGAGCUGCUCGCUUUGCGUGGGUUUGUGGAUAUCACAAACCUGUUUAGUGAAGCAUGCUUGAGAGACAACGGGAACGAGCUCAGCGCUCUCGAGGCAGGGGAACUGGGUCUAGCGCGAGGAGGCAAACGCGCUUUGACGAGCUGCCGCCUGCAGCACCUCGCAGCUCGUCAUAGAGGGAACAGGGUUCCAGCUCGGCCUCGUUGGAUGCUGGGAGACAACCUGGAGUGGUGCGCUCACCUGAGGCGUGAGGCGCUUCCACCACCAGUAGCUAGCGGGGGGCCCAGGAUCGCAUACCCUGAGGGUUUUAGCUACACCAAACCCGACUGUCAGCUCGCGAUGGUCCAGGGUAUGCAGAACUUCGUCCCGCCUGUGGACCGUCAUCGUGCCAAAGGCUACAUUCAGCAGCACGGGACUCACGCUGCAAUGCUGAAGAUGAUGGAUGCACUAAGCUAUUCUGUAGCUCUGUUCGAGAGCGAGCAGGGAGCUCGAAUACAGAAUAGAGAGCUGGCUGACAAUUGCAAGCGGCUAUCCUCAGACAAGGCGAGCUUGGAGGACGAGGUGAACCGUUUGCAAAGCUCAGAGAUGGCCAACAAGGCUGCAUCAGCCGAAAGCCGGGCUGACGAGCUGGCCAACAAGGUCAUCCAGCUGCAGGAGAAGCUGGACAAGGUGAAAGCUGAGAAGGAGAGUGGGAUUCAAGCGGCCAUGGAUGAGGUCGUUCGCGCAGUGGAUCUUAGGAAGAAAGUGGAAGCUGAGAGAGAUGGCGUGCUGAACGACCUCAACGCCCUAAGAGGGCGGGUUGCUCUGGCCGACCAGGAUCUUGCUCGCGUAAAGGAAUCCCUGAGGCUGGCCAAGGCUCAACACCAGCGUUGUAUUAGCAUCGCGCGAGCUCAAGGCGCGGAAUGGCUGGUUGGUGCUGACAUGUUCCAGGACGCCGUAACUGUGGCAUCCAUGAACACCACGACUAAGAUCUACAAUGAUGUUCGUGGUAAGGUGUUGAAGCAUCGGCCGGACUUCCCAAUCAACGAGCUCGCGUUUUUUGAAGGUGAAGAGUUCGACGCAGAGGGGAAGAGCCUUACUGAACCUUCUAACACGACGGUGAGGCUCCGCUGGGAGCUAAACGAAGAGGGAUUGCCAACAUGGCCACCGUUUGUCCUCGAAGAAGGAAAGGAGUUUGAGAACCUACCGCGGUUCGACACCUGGGCUGGUGAAGUACUCCUCCUGCGCCUCAGCCCGUCCCUGCUGCCAUCGCCAUCCUAGCUCAUGCUGAUGCAUCCGUGCCCGUUGAUUUAAUGGACGACUAGGCUUAGGCUUUUUCUAUUUUUGUUUUUAUGUGUUUUCAGUAUUUCUUUGUAUGAAACACAUUUUGUAAUUUCAUUGGCACCUUAUGUAAUUGAUUUGGAAGGAAUACAAUUCUAACAAUUUU